CGUUCCAGCGUCCGUCUGGGAAGCAGUUGACAGCAGUGAGGAACAGGCCGAAGUGGGUAAACAAAACAAACAUAAGACAAAAAAGAGCGAAAACAACUUACAAGUUUGAUCUGAUUCUAUGUGUGUAGAAUGUUUAACAUGUUUGUAAGGCGGUCUGAAGCCCGUUGAAGCAGAAAGAGUUUCGUAAAGACGGGGCGUGCACCUGUCAAACAUAAAUAGGUUAACGAGCUAACGUGUGUUAGCACGUUAGCACACUAGCUGGCUCGUUGAACCCGCUCAGGUUAGCUAGCUUGUUAGCCAGCCAUGUCGUCCCCUUCCUCCUCCCGGCGCCAGUGGUGCUACCUGUGCGACCUGCCGAAGAUGCCCUGGACUGUGGUGUGGGACUUCAGCGAGGUGGUCUGCCGAGGCUGCGUCAACUACGAGGGAGCGAAUCAGAUUGAAUUCCUGAUAGCGAGCGCCCGACAGCUGAAACGAACUCACGGGAUGCAGGAUGGGAACGUCAGGUCACCUGGUCCCUCUCCCAACAAGCACGGAACAUCUGGAAGAGGAGAGGCGGCGGCAGACGGAGGCAGGCCGCACAGCGACCGCUUCGAACGGGGAGGAAGAGGAGAAAGUACCGGGUCAGCUAUUCGCGUCCCGCCGAACGGAUUGCACCGUGACGGGCAGCCGCCUCAAGAAGUGAACCGCCAGAGCCCGAGCGGCAGCCGGAGACCGAUGCUGGCUGCUGCCAUCCCUCCAAGUCUAGUGACUCAAAGUAUAGCAGGGAUCCCUCAUGGGCUGCUUGCAGGCAUGCCGGCGGGUCUUACUGCCAGGACAGCCCCCAUGAGCAGCUCCAUGAUCUUCCCAGGCACGGUGCUGGCCGAGAUUAACCGCAGACAGCUGGGGAUAGGGAUGGGGAUAGCCCCCUUCAUCACUCCGGAGCUGGAGCGAGAGCUCAGCUCGUCGCAGAACCAGCCCAAGACACAGUCCCAGAUCCACACUGCUGUGGCCGGCAGCAGCGCCAGCAAGAGUUCAGGUCUCCCCUCCUCAUCCUCGUCCAUGGCUGGAGGCGUGAGUCAGACGAGCCCCAAGCCGGCCUCAUCUCCAGCCAGGCAGCCGCGCCCCCUCGCCUCCAGAUCCGGAGGGGAGCCCCUGGGAUCCAGCACCUCAGCGGAGGGGGCCACCGCUGCUGCAGCGUUACCCCACAGUGGAGCUUCUGAGCUGGGAUCAGCAUCUGCCAGCAACGCCCAUUCAACGGGAAACACUCUGUCCUGCACCUUGUGUCAUGAGAGGCUCGAAGACACACACUUUGUUCAGUGUCCAUCAGUGCCAGGACACAGGUUCUGCUUCCCCUGCACCAGAGUGUACAUCCAGGGUCGGCGGGGUGACGGAGAGGUGUACUGUCCGAGUGGAGAGCGCUGUCCGCUGGAUAACUCUCCCAACAGUCCCCCUUGGGCCUUCAUGCAGGGAGAAGUCUCCACCAUACUGGGCAAUGGUGGAGCAGGAGCUCCAUCGGCUGCUGCAUCAGGAGCCGGGACCGGACCCGGGCCGGGAGCUGCAGGUGCGUCUGGAGCCGGGAGUGGAUCGUCCAGUGGCGCUGGAGCCGGAGGUGGAGACGUCACCGUCAAGAAAGAGAGGGAGACGUGAUGGUGACUUCAUGGAGACCAGGACCCAACACAGCAACAGAGUUGUAUCACACACCAGAAGGAGAUGUCUGAACUGGACCGCUGAGAGAUCCAGAAGAGAAGUGACACAGUCCAGUAAACCUCCAGUGCACAGGUCUUAACUCCACCCACUCACCACCCGAUCCUGUCAACAUCAUGAGACCAUAUGUGACAUCAGACAGACUACCUUCACACAUCGUCAUCAUUACUAUUACUCAACUUUUUUUUUUUUUACGCCAAGUUUGACUUUUGCCCACUUUUGCGUUAAUUCCUAUACUUAUAUUACAUCACAUUCAAUCCUUCAGUGCAUCCUGUGCAUUGUGAGCUCAACCUCACCAGCUGUGGAAAACAAACCUGCCGCCAUCCAGCAAACAGCAGAGACAUGUGUGAAAUAAUGGCGCAACUUCCCAACACAGACUGACGUAUCAGACCGUACAUAUAAACACGACCUUCAUCGCCUACUGUUGGAUUCAGAUGUUCGGGGCCAAUCAGCAGCUGAACACUGGCUACUUUUUGUAGAGUUAACAAUAGUUGUGACCAACUGAAGAAGUCCAGAUUAGCACUGCCAGCUAGCUUCUGUUAGCAGCUGGAAAUAAAUGGGCUUCAGCAACACGUAGACUACAAUGAUGUGAAAAAUGCUGUAAUCCAUAACAAGUAUAUGCACCUUAAUAUAAAAAAACACUGUGCCAUCAGGACCACCAAAAUGUCUCUAUGGCCACACAUGUAUUAAUAUGUAAUUUGCAAUAAUAAUAUUUGCUAAUGUUAGCAGACCUGAGGAUAUCUGUUGUUUUUAAAUGACCUUUGCUCAGACUCACAGAAAGUAGCCACAGUUCAGUGUUGUUUGUGACGGUACACCUGAUGUUGUGUUAGCACAGGAGAGCACUACGAUCCUGCACACCACAAAUGCUGAAAUAGUGAAACAGUAGCCAUGAAAUCUUCUUCUUCUUGAUGAGCAGACGGUCGGUCGGCCAGCAGGAGGUCAGACAGUUAGAACUGAACCGCCUCGGACAAAGUGACUGUCUCCGUCUGUUCUUCGUCUAAAUGAAAUAUUUGUGCUUUUUACAAAUAUAAUUAAUUAAAAACUGACAUGAAAUUGACAGUUAUGAUGUUAAACUGUACCUUAAAUUUAAAAUACAGAUUUUUUUUUUAUCGUUUUGUAAUUGAAUUCACGUCCUGGCCAGAUCGAUAAGUUGUCAACUAUGAAAUUAAUCGCCAAACAUUUUGACAAUUGAUUGAUCGGUUUGAGUUGUUGCUUAUGUUCUGGUUUCUUUCCUCCUUUAUGACAGUAAACUGAAUUUCUUUGGGUUGUGGACAAAACAAGACAUCUGAGGACGUCAUCUUGGGCUUCUGGGAAACACUGAUAUUUUGUAGACCAAACAGUUAAUCGAGUAAACGAUCGACAGAUUUAUCUAAAUGAAGAUUGUUAGUUGCAGCCCUAGUCCUGGUACACAAUCGUGUUUGUUUUUGGGUUUUUUUUCAACCAAUAUGAGUUUAGGACAGAAUGCCAGUAGUGACAAGUCUCUGAGUUUAAAUAAAGUUGACUUUGACUCAGAGAAAAGAGAAUGUUUGCUGUGUAGAAACGAGUUAAUCUGUCGACCAGCCGCAGACGCUCCGUGUCUGACUGUAUUUAAAUGUUGCUUUCAUACAAGAUCCAGCCCAGCCUACGCUUUACCCCGAAUGUAUAUGAAAAGAUAUCUAUUGAUAGGCCUAGGACUAUAUUUUAUACUAGAAUGUUCAAUGUUAUAUACUCCAUAGAUCUAUAAUAGUACGUACGUGCAAUCCUUCGUCAUAGUAUAUGCAACAGUUUAAAAAACGAUUGCUCAUCAUUUCUCAAACCUUUUUGUUUCUUAAAGCGAGAAUCCACCAAAAAGCAAAAAACGUUCUCCCGACCCUGAAAGGUUUAAUAUUAUUAAUGCGUCUCACAAAAAGUAGAGACAAUUCAAACUUCAUAUCAUGUGACACUUUUACAAGUUUAAUGUUUGGUUUCGAAAUUGAUUUAAAGAAAAGCGACCUCGCUUGUCUGAGAGCAGGGAGGCAAUUUUACUAAAUUGAACAAUCCAACGUGAUGAUAAGUGAGUUUUUUUGGUGCAUUCUCUCUUUCCGUGCAGUUUGUACUCAUCAGUACUGAAGCACAGACAAACCAAAGGUAACUUUAUGCCCAAACUGAUGUUUCUGGAUGUAAAUGUUUUAUGGAAAAAACAUAUAAAUUGCUAUAUUUCUUGGCCGGGUCUCAGCUGGUUCUCUUCAUCAAGCCGUUACAGUUUACAGGCCCGUGUGGUCGACUGUACGAUACGUAAAGAUCGGCUCAUUCAGGCCGUCUGUGCUGAGACAACAGACCACAGAUCAGCUCUGUUGAAGAGAAAUCUCUCUGAAGAAGUGGAAUUUGAGUUGAAUAUGCACUGAUAUAUCAUGCAAUCCCUUGUUAAGUGCCUUUUUAAAAUGUUUACCGUCUGUCCGUGUGUCUGGGAACCUCAGGGGAAGUCGGAGUGCAAUGGCUUUUUUUAUUGUCUAGUCAAAGAUUAACCUGAAUCUGUUUCCCUUCAGUCGCCAUCAGACGGCUCGUUUGCUUUUAUCUGAAGCCUUUGUAAAGUCAGCCGGCCAUUCGUUGUUUGAGUUCUGUCUCUCCUCACCUCUCUGUCUCUCUCUCUCCCUCUGUGUUGAGUUUCUUCUCAUUCAUGUGUCAUUUUUAGAUCUGCUGGUUUUCUCGCAGCUUCAUGUACAAAAUAGAAAUAAAGGGGAUGGAAACUUGU